AGCGUCAAUCAUCGACGACACAAUCAACCAAUUCCACAACGCCCAUCAAUCAUAACAGAGCCAGACACUAAAGAGCACCUUCCGCAUCAUGCCAGUGUGCAUUACUAGGAUCGGGGCCUCCGAGCACAGCUGUGGAGCUCGCUUUCAGUGUCUGCAAUUAAAACGUAACAGUGUUUCGAUAGUUGGACACAUUCACCAAAAGUGAUACGUUCAAUCGCCUCCGAAAGGUCCGGUUGGGGUGCGAAAAACGCUGCCAUAAAUUAUCACAUGGGGCGCAGGCGUACUGACCGCCCGCACGACUCCCUAACUCGGGGCGGCUGGUUGUGCUACAAGCGCCACACAGUUCUAGCCCUGGUGUCUGUGAAUUCUGGCCCAGUUUUACCGUUCAACCUCUGGCAGAGUCUCAAGAGUAGUGCUCCAUUUCAACAUCUGGAGCUUAUUUUCUCCUGUAGGGAGCAUCUCCCAAAGCCCCUUUCACCAUGGCCUGCCCGUUUGCGAAGCACAUCUCGAGCGAGCAGUUCCAGCGCCAGCCGUCCAUCGCCGAGGCCCACAACUGGAACCUGGACGAGGACCUGAGCGAGAUACCGGGCGAUGCGCUGACGCUCACGCAUCUGAACGCCGCGAUCCAGCUGCUGACGGCACCGUCGAUCGACAACGUCCACGAGGCACUGAUGUCACUGAUCGGCAAGUACAGCAACAGGUGGCCCGGCCUGUCAAAGCUCAAGAGCGAACGUUCGGAGCUGUCCAUCUACCCACACUACGACUACCUGGCGGACAUUCAGGACAAUCUGACGCAGAUCGAUGAAUCGGCCGUCUCGGAGAUACUGGUCCUGCUCGGCGAGGAGCUGAUCCAGACGGCGUGCGUCGGCGUGAUCGAGCGCGCCUUCAAGUGUCUCGGCUCGGACCUGCAGGAGUUUCUCGGCUCGCUCGACGGCGUGUACGACGUGCUGAAGCUGCAGGAGGAGGACAUCUCCGACACCGGGUUCGUGUGUGCCGGCGAGGGCGAGCUCAUCUUCACCUCCGAGCGGCCCGUCCUCGCCUGGCUGCUGCUCGGCUGUCUGCGCGCCCUCGCCCGCCUCCUGUUCGGGUGCGAGCCGGAAAUCGAGCUCGAACCGCUGCCGGGCGAUACGCCCCGCUACCGCUACCUGCUGCGGGUGGACGAGCCGGCCGGCCGGGCGCUGGAGCGGCGCGGACCGGCCGACGCUGUGUCGGGGGACGCCCGGGACCUGAAGGUAAGCAAUCAGUUCUUCUGCGACGCCUUCCCGUGGCACUUCAUCAUGGACGAGCAGCUGCGGCUGGUGCAGAUGGGGUCCGCCUUCAGCCGGCUGUUCAAGGGGCACGUGGGGGCGGCGGCCGGCGGCCCGGCCGGGCUGCUGUGCGCCAGCACGGUGUUUCGCUUCAAGCGGCCGCGCGGCCUGCAGCUCCACUUCCGCGAGAUAGUGCGGCGCACCAACACGCCGUUCAUGAUCUCGCUGCGCGCGCCGCCCGGCCGGCCCGACUUCUUCGCCAAGGGGCUGGAGAUCAAGGGCCAGAUGGUGUUCUGUCCCGAGUCGAACGCGCUGCUGUUCGUCGGCUCGCCGUUCCUGGACGGGCUCGAGGGGCUGACGUGCAACGGGCUGUUCAUCUCGGACAUCCCGCUGCACGAUGCGACGCGCGAGGUCAUACUGGUGGGGGAGCAGGCCCGCGCCCAGGACGGGCUGCGGCGCCGGAUGGACAAGCUGAAGAGCUCGAUCGAGGAGGCGAACGCGGCCGUCAUCAAGGAGCGGAAGAAGAACGUGAGCCUGCUGCAGCUCAUCUUCCCGGCGGAGAUCGCCGAGCGGCUGUGGCUCGGGGCGCAGAUCGACGCCAAGACGUACCCGGAGGUGACGAUGCUGUUCAGCGACAUCGUCGGCUUCACCAGCAUCUGCUCGCGGGCGACCCCGUUCAUGGUGAUCAACAUGCUGGAGAACCUGUACAAGCACUUCGACGAGCUGUGCGGGUUCUUCGACGUGUACAAGGUGGAGACGAUCGGGGACGCGUACUGCGUGGCGAGCGGGCUGCACCGGGCCAGCAUCUACGACGCGCACAAGGUCGCCUGGAUGGCGCUGCGGAUGAUCGAAACCUGCACGCUCUACAACACGCACGACGGUCAGCACAUCAAGAUGCGCAUCGGCAUCCACACCGGCACGGUGCUGGCCGGAGUCGUCGGCCGCAAGAUGCCCCGGUACUGUCUGUUCGGGCACAACGUCACGAUCGCGAACAAGUUCGAGUCCGGCAGCGAGGCGUGCAAGAUCAACAUCAGCCCGACCACGCGCGAGUGGCUGGUGAAGCAUCCCGACUACGGCUUCCAGCUGAACGCACGGGACGCGUCGCACAUGCCGAAAGAGUUCACCGACUCGAAGGGGCUGACGUGCUACUUCCUGGAGGGCUACAAACAUCCGACCCUCAGCAAUGAUCGGCCCCUGCAGGAGCACAUCGAGGAGGCGAUGCGACAGACGCUCCAGGAUACGGCCGAAACCAUUACGCUCGAGGUCGCUCAGUAAAGCCUGCGUUGGAAGGGAGCAACACACACACACACACACACACACAUUCAGAUUGGGAGACGACUCCACACGACGACCGCUGGUUGGGCGGAGUAUUGUAUUUUGAUGUUAGUAGAUGUUUGAACAAACCAAAAACCGGUAACAUUAGACAACAAGGCACGGCCUGCUGCGACGGAGACUACCAUGUAUCCUCCUUUCCCGAGUUCCCCCAUUCGUAAACCGCCCCCAUACCACUCCCCCCAGCUAUUUAGACCAAACUAGCCUACUUAACCUACUAAGGACCAGGUGCGGCGAGACGACACCUUCCCUCUUCUUUAGAAACGCCUUAUACUCAUGAUAUGCCAAAAUGACGAUAUUCGGUGGGUUUCAGCUCGUUAGACGUUAAUGUAAUGGAUGUAUGGAUGGUGUUGUUUUGUUUUGUUUUGCUCUGUUGUUGAUGUUUGUAGGUGUGUUUGUUUUCUGACACAGUCCAUCGGAGACACACACACACACGCACCCACACGUUCGUGCGCAUUUUCGUUGAUGGAUACGUGUUUUUUGAAGUACGGUGUAACUAAAACUAACUAAAGAACAACUAAAACGAGUAGGUUUUUAUGUCGCUUAGCACUACUGUCCGUAAUAAAAUAAAGGUAAUCUAUCUACAUACAUA